AGCCCUAUUAACGACGCACGCGUCCUAAAUAUCUAAUCGACUCUCCGACCGUCUUUACUCGAUCGCGAAAUACCAAAACAAAUCAGCCAAAAUGCUUGUCAAGUCCUUCACUGCUCUGGCGGCUCUCGCCCUCGCCGCUCAGGCCGUCGCCGAGCCCAUCCGCAUCGGCACGCCCUACAAGGCCAACAAGGUUCACAAGACCUCCGUCCGUCAGUUGUUCGGUGUCGUCCGCCGCCAGGACAACCCCGGAUACCAGCCCGAGCAGACCGUCUGCGGUACCGGCAACACCUGCUCUGAGGCUUGCGGUGCUGGUUUCGAGACUUGCGCGUCCAAGGACGACUCGGUUCACUGCUACAACGCCGGCGCCGCUCAGAUCUGCUGCCCUAAUGAUUCUGGCAGCUCGUGCGAUGCCGGUUACUACUGCGCUGCCGACAACCAGCAGGAGACCUGGUGCUGCCCCGACGGCAUGGGCCUUGAGGAGUGCGCCAAGGCCUACGGUGUCGACUCCGGCCUUGUCUCCCAGACCGCCGAGGCCACCUCUACCUCUACCACCUCUACCAGCUCGACCUCCUCGGUCGCCAGCUCCACCUCGACCUCUAGCACCGUCGUGAGCACCACCAGCUCCAGCAGCGUCGUUGUUACCACCACCAGCUCCGUCGUCGUCAUUCCCCUCUCGACCAGCUCGGCCGCUCUGACCACCUCGUCUGCUCCCGCCAUCACCAUUCCCGUUUUGUCCUCUUCCUCUAUCGUCCUCGUCCCCACUGGCCUCAUGCCCACUGGCGGCGCACCUUCUGGUGCUAACGGCACCUCUGUCGUGGUUGUCUCUCCCCAGCCCACGCAGUCUGAGGUUGCCAUUGGCGCUGGCAGCGUUGCCAAGCCCGCCGGCGCCUUCCUCCUGGUUGCGGCCGGUCUCGCCGCCCUUCUCUAAACCCUCGCUGUGGAAUCAAGCCUUUGGACUACUUGAAAGGGCUUCACCGGAUAUCCACCGGUAGCUCAAGGGCACUAUUGCUUUACUACGAGAUAUGAGACACGACAGACC